AUGCUCAAUAUCUCUUUUAGAGUCUCUGGUUUUGGCUUUUGGCUCCAGAGUCUUUCAGUCUCUGCGCUCUCUGGCCCGGCUCCCGCACAGGCAUCAUAUAUCGUCAAUACCAAACCGCACCAGACAGCCUCUACAGCAGUUGACGACGACAAGGCCAAACGUAAAGUCGUUCUCGGCUUCUGCUUCAUGUCGAGCAGCGGUCGCGACACAGGUGCCUUCUCAGCCGACAAAGAAGAGGAGAUUGAUGUUGAACCCAUACCACCAGAGCAAGUGAAGCUCGUUAUAACUGAUAGGGCAGCUGAGCAACUUAAAUCAAUAGCGAAUCGCGAGAAGGACCCCGAAGCUGCGCUACGGAUAGCAGUAGAGUCAGGAGGAUGCCACGGGUAUCAAUACAAGAUGGAGCUAGCAAAGAGUCGUGCUCCUGAUGAUUAUCAUUUCACGCAUCCAACGAUCAAGCCAGCAAAUAUAUUUGUGGACGCGGUUUCGUUGACGUUACUGAACGGUUCUACUAUCGACUUUGCAACGGAGCUCAUUGGAAGCAGCUUUAGAGUCGACGACAAUCCUCAAGCUAAAGGCGCGGGAUGUGGAUGCGGUGUCAGUUGGGAACUCAAGGACUCAUGA